AUGCCAGGACGACCGCUGUGGCAGGUUGCUGGAAAACGAGAACCUGAACAAGAGAGGGAAGCACAAGAAUGGAUCGAACAAGUCGUUGGUGAAAGAUUUCCUCCAGGUUAUGCUUACGAAGAUGUACUCAGAGAUGGUGUCUUCCUUUGCAGGCUCAUGAAUAAAUUACAACCUGGAAUCAUUUCCAAAAUUAAUUAUUCCGGAGGUGAUUAUAAAUUUAUGGAUAAUUUGAGUCAAUUUCAAAAAGCUUGCGUUAAAUAUGGAGUUCCCGACGUUGAUCUUUUUCAAACGGUCGAUCUUUGGGAAAAGAAAAAUAUUGCACAAGUCACAAUGACAAUAUUUGCUUUGGGCCGAACCGCUUACAAACAUCCGGAAUGGCGCGGACCAUUUUUAGGCCCUCGUCCGAGUGAAGAAAAUAAACGCGACUUCUCGGAAGAACAAUUAAGAGCCGGUGAAGCUAUUAUAGGCUUGCAAGCUGGUACCAACAGGGGUGCCAAUCAAUCGGGACAAAAUUUUGGCGCCACUAGAAAAAUUUUAUUGGGAAAAUAA